AUGAAGGAACAAUCAGGCACGCCCCUUGCAUCGUUGCCUCGGCCUCAACCUCAGGUGGAGUGGAAUGAGCUUGGAUAUAGUUCAUGGGACACUCAGACUUCUCAAAAUCUUAAGAGGCCAUUAGAAGCUACAUUGUUGGAGAACACUUUCCUAACAAGUCCCUGCAUGCCACAUUAUGAUAAUGGAACUGUUGAAAUGAAUAUUCAUUUGAAACCUCAACUUGGAAACAACACUAGAUCCCGUUUAUGGAUUCCUCAGCAAGAAGAAUCUGUUGCUAAGAGAGCUCUCUUACAACAGAUGAACGCAACGCUGCCUAAGGUUAACAGAAAAGGUCAUCUUGCAGGUUCAGGUUCAGGUUCAGUUAGCAUAAUACCACAGAAUGAUCAACAUUUUCUAACUGAACUAGAUCAACAUUCUUUUGAAAUUGAUAAUCAUUUGUCUCCUGACAUUUCUAAAUUAGAAUCUGAGGUGUUAAGUGAUCCUGUUAACCCUCAAAGUCAAAAUUGGAGUUCAUCAGUGGUUGGUAUUCCCCAAUCUGAUUCUGCCACUGUGAAUGGCCUAAUUCCUCAGCAAGAUACAGAUGAAUGGAUGGUGCAUUCUUCUUGCCAACAAGGAUUGCAAGAACAUCGUAUAUUAAGAUCUGAAGCAGUUUUGAGGAAUCUCUCAGCUAAGAGCAACAAUCCUGGUGAAAUUUGGGGUAACACCAGUGUUGAUGUUAGCAGUGCAAGUGCCACCAUGGUUGAGCCUUCGAAUUCAAGUGCCAUUUUGGAUGAAUUUUGCACACUUCAGGACAAGGAUUUUCAGAAACUAUCAGAUUGCAUCGUGAGCAACUUCAGUAUGAGCCAGGAUGUCCAGUCACAGAUAACAUCAGCAAGUCUAGCUGAGUCCCAUGUGUUUUUUGUGCAAGACCUCGCCAUCGACGCAGGUGGUGCAUCUUCAAGCCAUGCUGAUUUUAAUGAAUGCAGCUUUCUGCAAAAUAAUUCAAGGCCGCGAGUAGCUUCGAAAGCUCCACCCAGGCGUACCUAUACUAAGGUACAAAGGGCUGGUUCUGUAGGAAGAUCAAUUGAUGUCACUGCUUUCAAGAACUAUGAGGAACUGAUACAUGCAAUUGAAUCCAUGUUCGGACUCGAGGGUCUGCUUAAUGACGACACCAGAGACAGAGAUUCAGAAUGGAAGUUAGUAUAUGUUGAUUACGAGAAUGAUGUUCUACUUGUUGGGGAUGAUCCUUGGGGGGAAUUUGUGAACUGCGUCCGCUGCAUCAGAAUUUUGUCACCUACAGAGCUUAAGAAGAUGAGCAAAGAGGGAAUGCAGCUUCUAAAUAGUGGUGCAUUGCAACGGAUCAAUGGUCACAUGCACUAAGAGUAUAAAGACAUUUUUGAAGAUGUACUUGUAACUGUAGUCUUUUAACUAUGAUCUUUUUCUCACACUCGUAGAAUAUAGCACAUAUCUACCUUCAGGCAUUACCUUAUUAAUUUGUUUCAUUAUGCUUGCUUUUUGUUUUUCCUUGUCUUGUUUGGGCACUGUGUGACUAGUUUGAAGGGACUAAAUUCAGAAAAUGCAAUAACAUGCUGCCUUUCAUGGGUCAUGCUUCAGAUUCAAGGUUGUGUACAUUAUAAAGCGU